CCCAAACCUGGAAGAAAUUAAACAUAGGAAGACAACAGCCUCAUCAGCUGGACGACAGACGCGUUGAGAGCUGCCUGAUUCAACCUGAGGGAAACUGUGCCGCAGUGAGCAUUAUCUGAUAAGCGAUCCUGUCCAUCCUGCACUCUCCAGGACAGCACCAUGGAGAGGAAACAAGUACGCGAGGAUAGUUAAAGGAACAGUGCAGAGAAGACGAGGUCACACUUCUCUGAACUUAUUCAGAUUUUCACACGGAACACUUGCUAUUUAUUUGCAUCAAACAGAGUCCGGAUGAGUGAGCCUCUACAGGGUAUGACAGCUGCGCACUUGGGCAUCCCGUGAUGUGUUUAAAGAUGGAUUAGUGAGCGGCACAGACUAAACAUCCUGUCCUGACCGCUGUAGGCCAGCGAUUUCUCUGCGGAACUAAUCACAUUUCUAUAGGCUACUUUGGGCUGGAGCGGCAACCUUAUGCAAUGUGGAGGGAACUGUGUUCGUUAGCUUAUAGGUUCAACUGGCAAUGACAUCAGGCUUAACUUGAAUAGCUCGGUGCUGUAUUGCAGCAAGGUGGACCGGGGCGUGAGGUGGCAAAGAGCAAUGCGCGCAUCCUCAAAGCUAGACAUUUUGUGGUAGUGUUCUGUGUCCUAAACAAAUUCAAGGCAUAAGGCCAUAUAUCCUGAUCGGGCGAACUGCGUCACUGCAUGCGAGUGUUGCAGGUAGGCUAUAGGCAAAUCCCACCACCGGGAGAGGAGCAUGCUCAUCAUUCUUCCUGCACAAUGUCGCCGGUAAGUGCUUAACAUUUUACCUGGGAUGGAUUCGGCGGAUCAUUCAAGCAACGAUCCGCCACUGGGAUCCACAUUUUCCUCAGCACCCAAUUUAGACUCGGACAUUAAUGCAAAUGCCCGUAGGCCUAUUUAUCAGAAUGGGACAGACCACAAUGUCAACAUCCAAAACGCAGCCCUGCGAGGAGCAAGUGACCCCAGCGCAUACCCAUACACAGACUACCGGGCGCUGGUCCGCCAGAGGUUCAUUCGGCGGAGUUUGUGGGUGUCAGACAGCGAGGAGCAUCAGCCGGUUGACACGCCGGUGGAGUCUGCCAACAUCAGCCCGGUGCCCCACAUUGACCUGCGGACACUCGUUGAUCGGACCCGGAUUCUGCACGGAACCUGUGUGGGCCUCCCGGACACUUCGAGCACGGAGAGCCAGGUGGUGCUGAAGGACAGCGCCACGGGGAGCGUGAGCGUCGACGAGGAGAAGGGAGACAAGAGGCAGUCCGAGCCAAUGGUAGAGGCUGCGCUCUCGGAUGUCACAGGUAAAGCAGGAAGUGACGAGAACGAAGAGGAGCCCGGGACGAAGGCUGUGUCCACUUCACCUGGGGGGCGCUUCCUCAAGUUUGACAUUGAGCUGGGGAGAGGGUCCUUCAAGACCGUCUAUAAAGGUCUGGACACCGACACCUGGGUCGAAGUGGCAUGGUGUGAACUCCAGGAACGGAAACUGUCCAAAGCUGAGAGACAGAGGUUCAAAGAGGAGGCAGAGAUGUUGAAGGCUCUCCAGCAUCCCAACAUCGUGCGGUUUUAUGACUUCUGGGAAUCCCCCGUUAAAGGGAAGAAGUGUAUCGUUCUGGUGACAGAGCUAAUGACCUCAGGGACACUAAAAACAUAUCUGAAGCGUUUUAAGGUGAUGAAACCUAAAGUUCUUCGUAGCUGGUGCAGGCAGAUUCUCAAAGGCCUCCACUUCCUCCACACAAGGACUCCUCCAAUCAUCCACAGAGAUCUGAAGUGUGACAACAUCUUCAUCACUGGUCCCACAGGCUCUGUCAAAAUAGGAGAUCUGGGCCUGGCAACACUGAAGAGGGCCUCCUUUGCUAAAAGUGUUAUUGGCACUCCAGAGUUCAUGGCCCCAGAGAUGUACGAGGAGCACUAUGAUGAGUCUGUGGAUGUCUACGCCUUUGGGAUGUGUAUGCUGGAGAUGGCCACCUCAGAAUAUCCCUACUCUGAGUGUCAAAAUGCUGCUCAGAUCUACCGCAAAGUCACCAGUGGGGUGAAACCUGCCAGCUACAGCAAAGUCAGUGACCCAGAAAUUAAGGAAAUAAUUGGGGAAUGUAUCUGCCACAGAUGGGAAGAAAGGUACUCCAUCAAGGACCUCCUGAAUCAUGCCUUCUUUGCAGAGGAUACAGGUGUGAGGGUGGAGCUUAAUGAAGAAGAUGAUGGGAAGAAAUCAUCCAUUGCUCUGAAGCUGUGGGUUGAGGAUACUAAAAAGCUGAAGGGGAAGUACAAGGACACUGGUGCCAUUGAAUUUUCCUUUGACUUGGUGAAUGAGGUACCAGAGGUUGUUGCACAAGAAAUGGUGGAAUCAGGUUUUUUCCUGGACUGUGAUGUGAAGGUAGUCGGGAAGUCCAUCCGGGACCGUGUGGCUCUCAUUAAAUGGAAGAGGGAGCGAACGGUCUCGUCAGGAAAUGGCGAGGCAGCUGUGAAGAAGCCACAGCAGAACCUACUGCAGGUGCCCGGUACCGUUGUACCACAGGCACCCACAUUAGCUACGACAGAUUGUGAGGACCAAGAGGUGGAGCAGCAGACCCUGAUCUGCACCGUGCCAGCCACCACGUCUGCCCCAUCUGACAGCGGAGUGAACUCUACCAUGCAAUUAGAUGAUCUAAGCAAUCAGCAAAAUGGCACCUACCAGUCACCUACAGAGCCCAUUUCCACAACUCAAGUGAUCUACAGUCCUCUUGCACAGGUUGACCCUCAGCUGCACCAGGGGCCCUACCAGCAACCCACAGCACAGGCCUCUCAUGAAAACUACACACAAACAUCCACUCAAUUAAAUCAGGGAUCCUACCAGCAAACCACAGUUGUGCUUCCACGGAGUUUGUAUGAAGGUGGAGAUCUCACUCUUCUCAACCACUGUCUCCAUCACAUCGUCGGUCGCAGGACCAGUUCCCCCACCCUCUCUGCUAAUCAUCCAAUGCACAGGCAGGGGCAGGUCGGGGGUACUACCUCCUCAGUAGUUGAGCAUAUAGACAAGAGGCUGAGUCUUGAUGUCCCACUCUUCUCUCGCCCAAAUCUGGACUGGAAUCGGCUGUUAUCAGCACUGACAGCCAGUGAAGGCAGACCAGAUCCACUGACAGAGUCUGCUCCAGCUACACCAGCCCCUAUUGUGCACCAGAGUAGACAGACAGCACAGAGCUUCCCAGCUGCAGACCCCACUCUACAGCCACAGCUUACUGCCCAACCCAGCCAGGAGCAGUGCCAUCUCCAACCAGCUGCUGUCCUUUCCCAGAUCAGCACACAGUUUCCCUCACCAUAUCCUGUUCAAAUAGGGGGCCUCACACCCUCUCCCUUCCCCUCAUCUCCUCUGCCAUGUGCUUACAGCAGCAGUGGCCCUUUUAUGUCUAGCUCCCACUACUCACCUUCACCCCACCAUCCUUCCCUUCCUCUGACCCUUAAUGCCACCCUGGCCUCUAUACCCACUCUCAGCACCCCUCAGACCCCUUUGUCCACACCUCAGCACGUGCCCAAUGUGGCACUCCCUAUGCCAAUUUUUGCCAUGGCCAUGUCUCCUGCAGUGCCCCAGAAGGGCGGUCCUCUUACAUGUCAGACAAACCUUGGUAGCUUCCAUACCACCCAUCCCUUACCUCUCUCCCAGGUACAACCCACCCCAUACCCCGCCCCCUACCCUGAGCAGGAAUUGGCUCAGCCACCUGUCCAGGUACAGAUGAUUGCACCACAGGAUAAUUUGGGAGAUGUUCACCUUUUGGCUCAGGUCCACCCUGUCUUGCCUGCUGUUCAGACUCCUCACUGGGGAAGCGGAUUAGAUGCAGAAACUUCUGCAGCUGGCCGAGACUUAAAUGUUGCUCCUACAGUUCAAGCCCCAGCCUCAAUCUCAGCUACAGCCCAAUUUGAAACUCAAGCCCCAGCACAAAACCAACCACUGAUUUCAGUAUCAGCUCAAGCUGGAGUCAUGCCUCAAACUCCAGCUUCAACAUUUGUUAAUGCCCCGACUUCAGUCCCAAUACAAGUUCCAACAGCAGUGCACACCACUGCCUCAGCCCCAGUUCAAACACCAGUCUCUGCAUCAGGUCUCACUUUUGAAUCACCAAAAGGCUCAUCUACAAGCUCAGAGACAUCUGUCCCAGGUGUAGGCUCUGCUCUCAAUCCUGUCAUGCGGCCAGCCACAGCUCCUGUUGCAGCUCCAGUUCUGCAGCCUGCUGGCAUCCAGACAGUAGUCUCAGUGUCUGAGUGUGCCAGCCUGGCCACAGCUCAGCAAAACUUUGAGUCAACAUCUGCAUCCAACACCCUUCAACAAGAGCACUGUGUAGAGGAUGUGCUUCAGGACAAACCCAUAUUCUUACCUAAUUAUGCUUAUGACAGUCUCAACUCUGAUGUGGCAUCUGGUAAGGAAACAAGUGACGGCUAUGACUGCUUGGCUAGUGGAGGGAAGGGGGACGGAAAACCCAGGAAACACCACCGCAAGUCUGCUCGCACUCGCUCCCGUCAAGAAAGGAUCAGCAAACCCAAACUGAGCAUGCUGAAUGUUUGCAACACUGGUGAUAAAAUGGUCGAAUGCCAACUGGAGACUCACAAUCACAAAAUGGUGACAUUUAAAUUUGAUCUGGAUGGUGAUGCUCCAGAGGAAAUUACCACGUACAUGGUAGAGAAUGGGUUUAUCCUACUCUUAGAGAAGGAGAUCUUCAUUGACCAGCUAAAGGACAUUGUGGAUAAAGCUGAAGACAUGCUGAAUGAAGACAUGGAGGGUGAAAGGGCCUCCGCCUUGAGUUGUAGUCCUGAACAAGGCCAGAUUUGUGAGGGCCUGGUAGGAGAGAGUCAGCAGCCUGGAGCACCUCAGCCUGUCUAUCAGCAGAAUGUUCUUCAUACAGGAAAGAGAUGGUUCAUAAUCUGCCCUGUAGAGGAGACGCCCACAUCCAGCCAGGAGACCCCAUCUGAUGGUACAGCUACACAGUCUCCGGGGAGUUCAGCCACCACCCAGCCUCCUGACAGUGGCACUGCAAGGCCUUCUGCAUCCAGAGAACAGGGGUCGUCCUCCACAAUGUCUGGUGGAAGUGGAGGCUUCACAUAUGAUAUGUAUGGAUUCUGUAGCCCUCCAAUAAUGUCCAACACAGACCCUCUCCUCUUAGCUACUCUGUCUCCCCCUGUGUCUGCUCCCCCGACCCUUCAGUCAGUGACAUCACUGGAGCCUAUGGACAGCUCUGUGCAACCCAGUGUUCAUCAUGCCCAGCCAGCCAGAGCUCAAACUUUGCCCCCGUCAUCCCCACACACGUCUUUCCCAGUGGAUGAGUCAGAGGGAUCCCCUUUGGGCUCCAUCUCCCCGACCCAUGCAGCUCAGCAGAUUCCCGACGUGACAUUUCAUGUUUCUGUGGCUGACGAGGUGCCCUGCUGCCCUCUGGUCAUGCCCCUGUCUCUGGAUGUGAGCGGUUUACAGGGUGGGUCUCCUCUCACUCCUCUUCCACUCCAGGAUCAAGUUCCAGCCAAAGAGCCACUCUCUGUGUCCUAUGCCUCCGCAGCACGCAGCGAGCGCCCACAGCAGCCUGUGGUGCUGCACCAACCUUUUUCCAGCGUGGGAGGGACCAAAGUAUCCUCACUACCCCAGAGCCCAGCGCUAUCCCAGCCCGCCACAGGGCCCGCUGAGUCAGACGGCGAAGGACGACUGGGCCGAGGGGGCUUUGUGGACAGCACCAUAAAAACACUGGAUGAGAAACUAAGGAACUUGCUCUACCAGGAAUAUGCUCCCAUGUAUCCAUCAGGCAGUGCUGCAGAGACACCAGGCUAUGGCACAGAGUACAUCCAGUCUCCUCCUGGUCCAGACAGCGCCACAGGAGGGUCAGGAAACAGCACGCCAGGGCCGAUGGGAGAGGGACGCUACAGGGCAGGAGAACAGCUGUUUUCUAAUGUCUCUUUUUUGUUUAUCUCUCAUCAUGUCACCUUUCAGCCUCAAAUUCCAGAGAGAAUGGAUAGUUUAAGCACACUGAGUGACUCAGCCGUGUGUGCUUCCCUGUCAAGAAAACAAGUCCCUCACUCUGCUUCCUGCUCUGGAACAAGAGGCCGCUUUAAGAUAAUCGCUGUUCCUCCUGAAGUGGCCAACAGACAAGAUGUGAAGCAGAGGAGCUGGAGCAGUGCUGCCUCACCGGCACACCCUGGAGGAUACAGCGAGGACCACGUCCAGGCUGAGGCCAUGACUGCUUCCACCACAAUUGGUCGUUUCUCUGUGGUUAGCACUGAAGAUGACAUUACACAGAGGAUACGUUGCAGCCGCUACUCUGCCCCGCCUGAUUUCUACCUGGACACACCUCCGUCCAUGGCCAAGCGGGGCUCCCUGCCUCGCGCCCUGACCUCCAACUCUGUCGCUGUGGAUGUCACAGUUCAUGCUCGGUUCCUCUCCUCAGACUCGGGGGCUGAGAGCAGCCCUGCAAAGCUGGCUCCUGCCACCCCGUCUCAACAUACUCGCUCUGAGCGCAGAGGAAGUGACCUCAUGAAGAGGGCUGUGGCCUUCCUCCGUCGUUCAGGGCGCAGCAGCAGUGUGCAGAGCUCUGACUCACCAAGUAGGCAUGGAGGCGUGCAUGGCUCGGCCUAUGCCAGCAGCGAUAAUGACUCAGAGAUGGAGGACUCGGACAUGAAGAGGGAAUUACAGAGACUCAGGGAGAAACAUCUGAGGGAGAUCUCUGAGCUGCAGGCCCAUCAGCGGGGGGAAGUGGAGCUACUGUAUCGCCGGCUUGGCAAAGCCCCGCCUACGGGCCUGGGUCUCUCACACGUUGCACCACAUGCUGGCCGUAGGAAGAGGUCCAGCAAGCACAGGCUGAAGCCUGGCAAACUUCUCAGCCCUCUGGUUCAACAAUUUAGGAAUGUCACAACCAAGACUAGUGACUCCAGCAGAUCAAGUGCUGCUACAGGUACAAGUGAGCCCACAGUGAGUUUAAAUGGCUCUCCAGCCAAAGGGUCUGUCCCUACUCACGGCAGGGCACGGUCAUGCACCAGCCACCUUCCCAGCUCAACCUCAGAGCCUGUGCAGACUCAGCAGCCCUGUUCCCUCAAGGGCUCUUUGUCUUCUGAUAAUAUUUACGCUGGACUACACAAAGAUGGCACCGGCACACAAGUUCCACCAGGACAAGGGUCAACACUGAAGCGACUGUGUCUCGGCAAAGAUCGUGGCAACAGGUCUGGAGCCGGGCCAGGGGCUUUCAAUCAAUCACAGCAGCCGCCUACCGGUGCCACACCUCCUUCUCAUCAGCCAGUAAUGGGACUGGCCCAAGCUCAAGCCAAUAACAGCAACAACAAGACAAGCUCAUACACUGGCUCAUCCAUGAGUGCCAAUGAAAAUAACUUGCCUGAAGACUUCCAGCGGCUGAUGGAGGACUGGGCCCAGGAGGUUCUUAUCGUCACCCACAGGCCGCGCACUAACUCUCUGAGCAUCAGUGGGCAGCAGCUUUGGAAUCAGGUUGUGCCUCGAACACGUGGACAGCUGACUAGUGCCUCAGAUGUAUCAUGGACAGCUCAAGGUCCAGAGUCCUGCAGUCUUCCCCUGUCUUGGCCUGAUAUCCCUGGGUCAACAUUGAUGACCAACCCCUCCACAGGACACCAUCCCAGUUAUCCUGCUCCAUUCAGGGCCUUGUCAUCACCUCUCUCUGAUAGCCACUGGCCUGGGUUGCUAUUCCCACUUCCUUCAGGAGUCUUUGCCUUUCCUGCUGUGCCCUCAGCCCAGGACGCCCCCAGCCCUGGUCCAGUUCCAUCGUGUCAGCCACCUGACCCCAAAGCCAGGACUCUCUAACCUGAGUAGCAUUGUGUCUUCCAAUUCCAUUACCAAAAAAGAAAUGUCCUUAUAGAUCUAGCCAAUCUUAUGUGCAUAUGCUGUAUACAUUUAACCAGCAUGUAUUUAUUUAUAUGUACAUACCUGUCUCCAUUCUUGAGUUUUAUGUUAUUUGUUUAAAUUGCAUCAACAUACCUCAUGUCCAUAUUACAGUACAUAAUCCUUGAGUGCAGUGUAAUGGUAGUAGUACAUUCAAAUAUGUAUAAUUACCCCAAUCAGGCUUGCAAGAGAUGAUUUUCUUAAUUACUUAUAAAUGUACCUUACCACUCAUUGAAUGUACAUAAUGUACUGUUCAUUCAUGGUACGUUUAUAUAAAUAGUUCAUGUUUGUGUUGCUCAUAUCACUCUAUAUAUAUAGGCUGCCGUGUGUAUAUAUGAAUUAUUGUUAAUCUGUACAUAGCUCCUGUGUUUGUACAGUUAACAUUAGAUAAUCCAUUGGUCGGUGCUGCAGAUAUGUGUGUUAAUGCAACACCUUGUUAGCCACCAUCAUGCCAUCACUGUGAAAACUUGACAUCCCAGUCACUAGGACUGGAUGCUUUAUUCUGCUUUUUCAGUCCAAGGAUAGUUUUCAUUUUUCAUUGAUUAAAUGCUUCCAGCACAAGCGCUUGAAAUAUCCUGUAGAGAUUUGAAUGAACUUGAAUUUUAUCUUCAGGUGAAAAAACACCUGUGAGAGUGCCUUGAAUUGCAGUUUCAGUUUUAUGAAGAAAAGCAUUUAGAUCCAAAGCAGACACGAGAUAUUCUAUGUAUGCUUUCACCUCCAAAGGUAAAGUAUGUGAUUUGAAUAAUGAAUGUGGAUUGACACAUAUCUGAUUUAGCAACAAAACAUAAUUUAACACUAUAAUCUGGUCAUGGUGCAGUUCAUAAAAUAUCACAGAUUGUAAAACAAAAUCUUGUUCACUGAAGUAUUUUUCUUGUGGGAUUGCUCCACCGCCUGCAUGAAUACACUGAUAUUCUAAAUGUGCACAGGUCGAUGUGGUGAGUUACAGGAUGUAACAGGAGAAACUGGCAUUGAAACCAUACGUCAAGGAGGGCUAAAGGACUCGACAUACGAGUCAAAAUCCUAAUUAUGCCAUACCUCGACUAAUGCAGUCUGUAGCUUUACAUAUGGUUGCCUUUGUGGUUUUUAAGAGAUUACUGAGUGUUGUUUGAUACAUGUUGAUGAUAUGACAAUGUUAGAGGCACACGAAGAAUGUGAAUUAUUGAGAAGCCACAACUGUUUGACAUCUCAUUUGUACAAUGCAUAGGUUUUCUAAAUUAUGUUUAUUCAAUGCUGGCCUCACAAGAUCAUCUGGCUCAUACAGCUGAUUGUAUGUAUUAUGGCUGACUUAAUUCAAAGACCUCCAACAAUCAUUACGCUAUCAGUUAUUUCAAUAGUGCAGCCUCAAAAACAACUCUUUCACUUUCAAUACUUACUUCUCUUAUUUAACUUCUAUUAGCAAAUGUCGUUCUGAAGAAUAGUUUGUUAAAUGCAUCAAUGUGUUGAUGUAUUUUGGUAAGACAAAGCAGUGGUGAAAAAACUCUAUGUAGUCAAGAAGUAGGUUUGGAGUAAUGAUUCAGACAGAUUAUGGGUCAAGCUCCAGGAAUGCUGGAACCUACAUUUCCCAUAAUACAACUCAAUAGUGUCGCUGACAUUACCAGGGUCAUUUUUCAAAAUUUGGAAAGCUCUUUCCAGAGCCACAGAAGACAGAUGGAGUGUCGCUUUUAAAAACCUUCCUUGUUUGCACAGUGUGACAAUAUUUUGAUUUAACCUGAAUAUUUUGUCUUGAAGACAGACAUUUUUCCAUGAUGAUAUGUAGAUUAUUUUUUAUUUUUCUUGAGAACAUCUAUGUAGCUAUUUCCUUUGUGCUUUACACAGUAACUCCUGUAUUUGAUCUCUUUAAUGCAAUGAAAGCUAGGUUGAUGGUUCCUUUUGCUGCUGUAUCACCUGUCUCCCCGCCAUUUCCUGACCUUGUCAGAUCGGUACUCUUUCACAAAAGCUGUACAUAC